GAGCAUCCUUAAUAGCCUAAUUAUUAUCAACUUCGCCAAAUUUUAAAAGUUUAACAUAAACGCUACAGUAUUUGUUAGCUGCUCUUCAGAUUUGAUGAGGAACUGUACCAAAUCGAAAGAGUAUUUUAUUAUUUUUUACACUACCCGCUCUCUCCCUUUUUCCUCAUUUUCUCGUUUUCUCCCAACAAACAAUACUUUUCUCUUUCUUUCUCCCAAUCGAACUGUUCGGAUUCGCCCUUCUUCUUCAGCGGUUGCCGUGAAUCAAGUCCAGUGGUCGCCUUCUCCAGCAGACGCCGUCGUCUCCGAGCUGUCCAAAGUCGAGUUGCUCAGCAUCACUUCUGAUACCCGAUUCACACCGAAGGCUCCACGAAUCUGCCAGUACAGAUUGAGAAGGCGAAGGUGUUGUACAAAGAGUUGGUAGGGACCAAUUUCACAAUGGAGCACUGUUGGUGUCUUGAGACACCAACCAAAAUGGCAGCAACACAUCUCCACCCUUGGUAAGAAGAGAAGAUCACCUGAAAAAGUGUCCAAUAUUAUUGAUAUUGACCAAGCUGAGGAGGACAUAGAGGUUUUUGUUGAGAGACCUCCAGGCAAAAAAACUGAGAAAGAAAGGGAGAGGAAGCGGAAGUCCAUGGAAGGCAAUGAUGGUGAGAUCAAGACUGCAUUGGCUAAAAUGACCGAGGAUCGAGCGACGACCAUGGAAGAGCGUAGAUCUGCGAACCUGAAGGCAUCCCUAGAAAGAUCAGCAAAAUUUGAAUUAAAAAAAAGGAAAUUCGAGGCAAAGAUGAUGUUGCUAGAUCUCAGUGGCCUGAAUGCCAUGCAACAAGAAUACUUUAGCUAUAUUCAACGGAAAAUUUUUGAGGAAUGGAGGAAGGAUAUCGAGGGGACAUCUACAUCUCCUUCGACACCUUAUGAAUUUUUCUAACUCUAAUGUUGGUAGUAAUGAUGUAAUUUUGAAUAUUUAGUGGCUGCCCAGCCACAUGUGGGCUGGAUAAACAUGUGGCUGGGUAGCAACUAAAUUAAUGGACUAUUUUAGAUAAAUUAGUGGAUUGUAGUAAUUAUUUUUGUGGACUGUUAGUUUGUAUAUUUAUU